AUGGAGCAGAGAUGCAUCAGAUUCAGAGAGAACUUAGCUCAGAGGCUUUAUGAACCUCACAAAAUUUAUUUUACCCAUCAUCCACCUAAUGCCACCGUCGGUGAUGUGGCCAAAUUGUUCUCCUCAAGGUUUCGCGUUCAGGACAUAUCUCUUCAUGAAGGAUUCGGUUAUGUUGUAAGUUGCUUGGUCGUUUUUCAUAAUGUUCUAUAGUACGUAAAUGAUCCUGAUGCCGGUCGGAAGGUUAAUGUCUAUAACAAUCAAAUUUUCUACAAGGGCCGGCCACUGUUAUUGGCAGAAAGCUUAGCGUAUAAACCUUCCACGGGGUAAGAAAACUCGUACGGGUAGAAUGCUGUUUUUGUAGAUCGAUUUCUGAGGUACCAAGUGUGCCAUGUAAACACUCUGUGGAAAAAUCUGUUGAAACGGAAGUAAUCCCGGCAGCGUUGGUGGAUCAGAUUUCAAAGGUGGAUUGGAUGUCAAUGUGAGUUUUUGUAAUUUUUUAUCGCCUCCUGCAGGGAUCUGUUAGAACUCAAAGAACAUGGGAAAUCUCUCCAAUUCACGUUGCAGACAAUUCAAUCCAUUUAUAAAAGGAAGUUAGUUGGGGCGGAGGAUAUUAUGAGGGUAUCUCAAAUUCCAUUACCCCCGUGCCAAACAGUUCCAAACGAUGAGAACAUUGUUGAGGUAUGUUACUAUAAGUUUUUCGAUUAAACGGAACCUUAGGAAAAUUUUGUGAACGUCGGACAACCCGAGGCUUAUCAGUCGCAAGAGAGGUACUUUAAAGAACUUCAGAAGAUCCAGAUUGCGCCACUUCGAUUAGAACAUAAAAAUGUUCUAAAGCCAUCCACCCCUGUCCUCGGGGAUGCGUUAAACACGCCGGAAAAUGUUAAUCAGAAGUUGCGAAGAAGGGUAAUGAAGUAUGAUCCCAUAAAUCUCAAACAUGUGCAACUUUUAAAACAUGUAAGGUCACGCAAUAUUAUUUUUACGUAAUUUAAGAGGCUUGAACUGUUGUCACCUAUUGGAGGAAAUGAAAAUUCGUAUCCCGUCUGCACAUCGACACCUCAGCACGUUUCAUUUGUAAACCAUUAG